AUGGAAGCAAACUUGGCUAACCUCAACAUCAACGAUUGUUCUUCCUCAGGGGAAGCUGAGGCUCCUGCAGCGGCUCCAGGGACGCCACCGCCCGAGGACGCCCCAUCAACUGCCAAGCUUUACGAGUAUGAGCCUCUUGAGACGGGGUCAAUUCGCCUCCUCUUCCUCCUUGAAGCUGAUGAGGACGACGAUGACCUGGAAUGCGCCCUCAUCCACUUUGAGCUCUCCGAGGCCAUUGAAUACACCGCUCUCUCCUAUGUUUGGGGCGAUGAAAGCAACCCAUGCGCGAUUUAUAUCGGCGACGACUAUUUGCCAAUUACGGCCAAUCUCGAAGACGCGCUUCGUCAUCUUAGACGGCGAGAUCAGCCAGGAUGGCUCUGGGUAGAUGCGUUAUGCAUUGACCAAGCACACACCGAGGAGCGAAACCAUCAGGUGCAACAGAUGCGCCAGAUCUAUGAGUCUGCUACGCAGACAGUGGUCUAUCUCGGCGGCCAAACAGGUGGCAAUACUGGCUACUCAGCCUGGAACUUUCUGGAACGCAAUAGCACCUGGGCCCUCAAUCGAUAUGGGGAGAAGGACUACACCCUCCCAGCAGUGGUGGAGGAUCAAGUUGACUUCCGUGGUGAACUUCACGACGUGUACCUCGACGUCUUGGCCCGCGACUGGUUCAGCAGAGUGUGGGUUUUCCAAGAAGUUGUCGUUUCCAAAGAGGUCAUGAUUCAAUGCGGCCCUCGUGGGGUUGCGUGGGAUGACUUUUGCAAGUUGGUGGUUUUGGAAAAGCGAGCCCACGACCGCUAUGGUUUGAGUCUUCAACAACAGGAUUUAUCAGACAACUUACGCCGUAUCUGGCAGGCUCGAGUGGCCUUCCAUCUCACAAAGGACCAGGAGCACUGCCUGCCUGAUUGGUACAUACAGACACUCAGCUCGAAUGAUGCCACAACCGACAUUCUCGACAUGCUCGUCCGAGCUCGCCACCUCAUGGCUUCAGACCCAAGGGACAAGAUCUUUGCCCUGCUAGGCAUCAGCACAGGCUUUGGCUGGAAAGAGCUCGACACUAUUGAUUACGCAAACCCUACGAGUAGUGUCUACGCGAAAUUCGCCAUGGACGUGAUGACCACCAGAAAGGAUUAUCGACCCCUAAGCUAUCUAAACAGGUCAUCUACGGUCGAUUACCUCAUCGAACUGCAACGCCUGUGGCUCGCCGAGUUUGGUUACUGGCAACAGAUUGUAUCCCGUCAGAAACCAUUUAGCUUGCAAGAAUGGGGGCUGCCCGAAAGAAACCCGGCCCUAGCAAUGACAAUGCUCGAAGAAUGUCAAACCCACGAUGGGCGCUUGGCGCCUGAAUGCUACAAGUAUAGGGACCACAAGCCAGUUCGUCUUCCAUCCUGGGUCCCGACUUGGCAUUGUAUCCACAUGUCAACGUUUGAGCCCCGGGCUAUCAUCGAGGUUGUUGAAAAGCAGUCAUCUUCCUCAGUUGAGGCUAAUGAUUAUCGCACCUUGUUAUCAACAGGCGCUUUCGCGGUCCACGGUCGGGUUAUUGGAGAGCUACACGAAGCUAUAUCACCGGCUUCGGUCUUGGGCAACGAUGAGCUGGCCUUUGAGGAGCUCAAGCGAAAGUGGCAACGAAGCCCAGUCUAUCAAAAUCAUCCUCUGGAGACUCAAAUACUGACACUGUGGGCCCAUAUGCUUGAUCUCACGGCUGUAGAAAGGCACCAUAUCCCUCGUGGUGUUCGGAUCAACAUGGUACACCAGUCUCCGGAACUCCGGAGAAGGGAAGACUAUGAUGUGGACGACAUACUCAAUCAUCCACCAGGGAGCCUGGGCAAGUCAUCGAGGAUAUCCUCCUUCUUGAACUUUCUGGACUUGAAGACCUGUCCACCCAAACUCGGGUCAAUCGAAGCCCACCUCGUCUCUCGAGCUCGCAAAACAGCGGAAUGGUCAGAUGAAUCCCAGCCAACCUUCAAAAGAGUCAACGACCCAGAGUCCAUCAUCGAUCAACGGGCAAUCGGGGUCUACACGGCACGAGAUACGGCUCAAUACCUACACAGGACAGUAGAUACACCAGAAGUCCCAAGGUCACAUCCCGUGCUUCUUCCAAGUUCUGCUAGAUUCGGCGACUUGAUUGCAUACUUCCCCGGGGCCAAAGUUCCCUUCCUCGUUCGCCCCAACAUGUAUUCCCCGCUUCGGGUAGCCGAGAUGAAAAAUUUGAUUCCUUCUGGGACCCUCCCGUUUUUGAACGACGAGGAGAUGUAUAUGGGGUGUGAGCUCAUAGGCGAGUGUUGGAUUAAUGAGUUUGAAGAGAUUGUCUCGGAGAAGGGCAAACCGGACUGUUUGCUUGGUUUGCUAUGA